UGGCAGGCCUGCCGGACGCACAUGUUCUGUUUGUUUUUAUUUUUAUUGAAAUUCUAAAAUAAUUGCGCCGCAAGAAUUUUAAUUUAAUUCUGCCAGGAUGAAGGUGAAAAUGAUUAGCCGUAAUCCGGACAACUAUGUCCGGGAGACCAAACUGGAGCACCACAAAAUGGCCCGAAACUACGAUCCUGCUCUGCAUCCAUUGGAGGGUCCCCGGGAAUAUGUCCGGGCUUUAAACGCCACUAAGCUGGACCGUGUGUUUGCCAAGCCCUUCGUUUGCAAUUUGAGCGGCCACCGAGAUGGUGUUUCUUGCUUCGGAAAGCACCCAAAGCAGUUGUCUCAGCUCGCCACCGGUGCGUAUGAUGGCGAGGUGCGUAUUUGGGACUUGGCCAACCGCACCAGCACCCGUCACUUUGUGGCCCAUGACGGGUUCGUUCGCGGCGUCGCCUACGCCCCGGAUGGUAAGCUGCUCUAUACAGUGGGAGAUGAUAAGACCAUCAAAGUUUGGAAAGGUGAUGCCCCUGAAGUCGGCGAGGAAGAGGAGCCUGUUAACACCAUUCUCAGCCGCUUCGGUCUUCACGGCAUCUCUCACAAUCGGAAGGGCAACAGUUUCGCCACCUGCGGCGAGGUUUGCGCCAUUUGGGAUGAGAAGCACAACGAUCCCAUUAAGACCCUAAAGUGGGGAGUGGAUACUCUGCAUGCCAUUUCCUACAAUCCUGUGGAAACAGAUAUCCUGGCGUGCUGUGCCAGUGACCGGAGCAUUAUCCUGUACGAUCAGCGUGAGGCUCAACCGCUGCGAAAGAUUGUGUUGACGAUGAAGAGCAACAAGUUGUCGUGGAAUCCAAUGGAGGCUUUAAACUUCACAGUGGCCAAUGAGGAUUGCAAUCUUUACACCUUUGACACCCGCAAGCUGCAAACCCCCCUGAAGGUUCACUUUGACCACGUUUCCGCCGUCACCGAUGUGGACUACUCACCCACGGGCAAAGAGUUCGUCUCGGCCAGCUACGACAAGACCGUCCGCAUCUACAACGCCCAUCACAGUCACUCACGGGAUAUAUACCACACGAAGCGCAUGCAGCACGUGGUCUGUGUCGCCUGGUCGCUGGAUAAUCGAUACGUCUUCUCCGGCUCCGACGAAAUGAACGUGCGCAUGUGGAAGGCCAAUGCUUCCGAGAAGCUGGGCGUGAUUCGGCCGCGUGAGCGGGUCAACUUCAACUACCAGGAGGCGCUCAAGCAGAAGUAUGCCGCCCAUCCGCAGAUCAAGCGCAUUGCCCGCCACCGGCAGGUGCCGCGUCAUGUCAUGAAUGCCCAGCGAAAGAUGCGCCUGGUCAAGGAUAAGGAGCAGGUCAAGGAGGCCAAUGUGCGCAAGCACUCCAAGAAGGGCAAGGUGCCCUACGUCAGCGAGAAGUCGAAGCAUGUUAUUAAAGAGGAGGUUUAGGCUAGUAUGUUUAUAAGCAAAUACAUUUAUUUAUAGGA